UGACAAAAUGGAACCCACCAGCAGUGUGAGGAGACCUGAAAGUGGCACAUGGCAGAGUGUGGCGAUGGAGACAGCAGCAAUGGGAGGCCGUACAGGGACCCAUGACACACUCUGGACCUGGCAGCAGCAUGAGGAGGCGGUACAGGGGCCCAUGACAGAUUACGGGCCUGGCAGCAGCAUGAGGAGUCGCAGCAGUAAUGGAAGGCCAUACAGCACCCUAUCACAAAAUGGAACCCACCAACAGUGUAAGGAGACCUGAAAGUGGCACAUGGCAGAGUCUGGCGAUGAAGUCAGCAGCAAUGGGAGGCCAUACAGGGACCCAUGACACACUCUGGACCUGGCAGCAGCAAGA